AUGGCGUGCAGUGAUAAUGAAGCACACAAAAUUGAAAAAAUAGUGGAAAGUGUCAACAAAAGGUUGCGCAAACAGUAUCCCGAAGAUAAUGGAGAAGACUUGAUUGGAAUUGAAGAGAAAAUGCAACACGUAGAAUUAUUGUUGGACAAGGAGUCCAACGAUGUCCGAAUUAUUUGCAUUUGGGGGAUGGGCGGUCUGGGCAAAACAACCCUUGCAAUAGCAUUAUUUAAGAAGCGGCGUUAUAAAUACGAAGGGUCUGUCUUUAUGGAAAAAGUGGGAGAAAAAUCAAAGAAUCGCGGAAUAGAGGAUGUGAAGAAAGAUCUUAUUUCGGAAUUAUUUGGGGAUAAAAAUGCUCACACUAGCCCUUACGACAAGAGGAGACUUCAACGGAAAGAAGUUUUCAUUGUUUUGGAUGAUGUUGAUAGUUAUGAUCAAGUAAACGAUUUGGUUGGAAGGCGCGAUUUGUUUAGACCAGGUAGUAAAAUCUUAGUAACAACUAGAAAUAAAAAAAUCCUUGGUGCUAAGGUAGAUGUAGAUCGUGAUGCUAUAUAUGAACUGAAGGGUUUGGAUUUUGAGGAGGCUUUUCAACUUUUCUCUUUACACGCCUUUGGAAAAGACCGCCCUGCCCCUGACCAAAAACUAAGAGAGUUGGCACAGAAAUUGACUAGGUAUGCAAAUGGAAAUCCACUGGCCCUGAAAGUUUUAGGUUCCUCCUUGGCUAAUGAGAAAAAUCAAGAAGUCUGGGAAAGCCGAUUAGAAAAACUUCAAAAAUUACCAGAUCCACAAAUUAACGAAGUCCUAAAAGUAAGUUUUGAAGGACUUGAGGCUGGAGAGAAAGAGAGUUUCUUGGAUAUCGCAUGUCUUUUAACCGAAUAUAAUGAUUUUAUGGGAUUUCUUUCAACUGAUGAUGUUGAGGCGGUAAAAGAUUUGUUAAAAGCCCGACGUGGUUAUGCAGUCCAUUUUGAAUUGGAAAGACUUAAAGAGACGGCUCUUUUACAAGUUGAUGAAUCUGGGAGCAUAUCGAUGCACGAUCUGCUAAGAGAAAUGGGUCGACAGGCUGUUCGUGAUGAGUCACCAAAGCAUCCUAGAAAGCGCAGUCGAUUAUGGGAUCCUAAAGAAAUAUCUGAAAUAUUGGGGGCAAAAAAGAGAAGUAAAGCCAUUGAAGGUGUAAGCCUGAACCUUCGAGAAGUUGGAGAGAAGCGCUUAAGUGCUGGGGCCUUUCGUUCAAUGCCCAAACUAAAGAUUCUUAAUAUUUAUUCUUAUGAAGAAAUCGAUGGUGGGGAUGAAGUGGAUGUAGAAAUUCCUGACGGAUUAGACUUUUUGCCAGAAGGACUCAUAAAAUUGCGUUGGAUAGCAUACCCUUGUGAGUCCUUGCCAGCAACAUUCAAGGCUGAAAGUCUUGUUCAAUUGGAAAUGCCCUUCAGCAGUCUGACAAGACUUUAG